AUGAUACUCUGUGCAAGGGAGCUAUCCUCCAGACGACUUCCAUUGCGGUUUGGGCUAUGUUAUUUGCAGAAGAGAGAACAGUCGAGACUUCCUGCCAUAUCGAAAUUCGAAAAUGAUUUGUUCAAUACAUUCACAAAAGAACAUCACCAUGGAAUGGCGCAGUCUUGUGACGACCAGCAAUUAUUUGCAGAUUCACAAUUUCAGAUGUUGAAAAUAUCCGAACAUGGAUCAUUAAUUCAGCAUGAAGAAAAUACACAUGAUUAUCUGUUCAAUGAUCAAUGUAUGUUUGACGAGGAGGAAUUAAAUUUACGAAAUACGUUUCAAGAAAAGGAUACAGAGAUAAAUUUCAUUAGAAAUAUGCCAAAAUAUUCACGGUCGAAAAACCCAAACGAAACCAAACCCUUUAGGUUAAUUAAACUGUCGAAUGAUGCUAAAAUAGAAAGCAGUUCAAUUGACGAUUUUUUUUGUCGAGUUAUAGGAAAUGAAGCCGCUGUAAAGGAUUACCAUUACCAGAUGCCUGUUUUCCCCACUGAAUUGACCAACUAUUCUUUAAAACAUUACUUGCGACAGGUUAAUGUCAUCGAUUUAAAUUAUGAUAUACAUGGGUUUGAGAAACUGAUCUUUUUUCAGAUACUGAAAAUCUGUCGAAAUAUCAGCCGGUUUGAUGGAAUACUAGAUAUUGUGGUACUUCAUGAACUAAUUAAAUUUCUAGGUAAAUAUGGCAUGAUACGAUCUAUAUUCAAAGUCAUUGAUGCUUUUGAACAUUUGGGGAUUCAUCCAAAUAAAGACACUCUUCAUUUGCUGAUAUACAAACUAAAUGACAUUAAAGGUCUACGAUGGAGAAAGGAUCUUCUCAAUUUCUAUGUUCUUCUUGGUACCCGAAAAUGGGGGGUAUCGCCGGACAAAACGACAGAGGUACUUUCGGCAAUACAAAGCCCUCCUGGAAGACCCCGGCUGGCUAUUACCAAACGACUAAUCAAUGAAGGAAUUGAUGACUCGUAUUUCCAAAACACUAUGUUUCACGAUUAUGUCACUAUAGAAAUUGAAAGCCGUGAACACCCGUAUUUCGAGAGAUUCUACCAUUUUUUACUUAAAAGAAAAGCAAUCACAGAUACCCAUGAAAACAAAAGAAUAUUAUUCAACAUGUACAUAGAAAAACUAGCAUCUUGCUGCAAAUUGAGGCAUGCAAUUGAGGAAAUGAAGACGCAUGAAGAGCUAACCACGCCGGAUACAUACACUGCAUUGAUUGACCAAACAAUCAAGAAUAAUGUUUGGACAGGGUUUGCCCUUCUCAAUCAUUUAAUGAGCCAAGGAAACGUCCGUGUUUCCGAUAUAGGCAUGGCGAUAAUCGGCAACUACCGUACUAUUCAGGAAAACUUUACUAAGCAAGCGCAAAAUGUUAAUAGACUACACCAGCACAACAUGCCACAAAUAUACAACAUUGUCAUUAAGAUGUUACUGGCUAAAUGUGGAUAUCAAAUAAGCGGCAACAACAAGUUCCUUCUACCGGUGGAGAGAGACCUACCACUAGAUGAGGAGACGGUUAUAUCUGACUUCCAAAAGAUUCAGUUUUGGAACUUAGAUACGGAAUACUCACACUACAAUGGCCUCUUGACGUCUCGCUGUGGUGGAUCAUGGAUAUUCAAACUCUGGGAUGUUAUGGAUAUCGAGUCUUCUCCGCAAGACAAUUUGUACAUAAACCCCAUCACUUUUCCCUGGAGAUAG